GAUGUACAUACAGACAUGAAGUUAUUCACGGAGUAUCCAACUUAGUACAAGCAAACAAUGGAUUGACGGACGGAAAGUCGGUGGAAUUAAUAUGAAUAUUUUUUAUGUACUAUUCAUCUUUUGGAUUUAUAUAUUCCUAGAUGUUGAAGCCGCUAUUUUAGAGAAGACGGCAAGCGUGUGCAAUGGGGAGUGUUCUAAUCUGUUGAUGCAAUGCCCACCGGCUCACAAGAUCGCCAUUAGAGAAGCGCUGUAUGGAGUUCACGCCGUGAGUUCCCCCUGCCCGUAUUCAUUUUCGUGUGAAGAUGCAUGGAAGGACGUGUGUUGUGACAUGGCCGCUGGCAGAGACUGUUUGUUCCCGUACCCACUGGACCACCUGGAGACGUUCCACCGAGACUGUUCGGGAAAUAUACAGUGUACUAUUAAAACAGACCAGAAGCCCGAGGCAUCACCAGCCUGUUCACCAGUAGAACACCGAAAUGUCUCAAGCUACUCUCUCAUUGACUAUGUCUGUGUUAAUGACACUUUUACUGCCGACAUGUGUAGUCCCCUCAGUGUAUCAAUCAGGGGAAGAACUCUUUUCGCCAUGUUCGACGCCAGGCGGGAAGUACCUCCACCACCUGGGUCAGUCUGCGCCUGCGCAGCGACACCUACUUCCUGGUCAGGAAAGGGGAGAGUAUCAGCAUUUGUAGUUGACAUGAGACUCAACAAGCCUAGCUCCACCUGGUGUUCGGAUUCAGAAUUACUGAUGGAAGCUCAACCAAAAAUACACGAGAUCACAUGCCUCGCAAGCCACGACCCAUAUUUUCCUUAUCCUUUCGUCUCCAUCCUUAACUCUACCAACGGCGCCAUUUCCCGCUUGGUGAUCAAUGAGAUUCCACCCGAGUUUGUGUGGAUAGGAUUUGAAGCUAGUAAAGAUGAGGAAGUGCAGCUGACCUGUGGUCUACAACCUUCACCUACGACAACUAGCGCACCCCCAGCCAUGGUCGUCCCCAAAGAAAAGUGGCCCAACAACGUCCAGCCUAAAGUUAUAGACCCACCACAGCGUCAGCCGGAACGCAGAAAAGCUGUACCGACAGCAGUGGCGUUAGCAUGCGGCAUCAUCGGCGGGGUGCUCAUCAUCGGCAUAGGCGUCCUCAUCGCACUGUGGAUAUACAGACGCCGACUUCAGAACGAUAAGGCAACCAGCAUCCGUAACGACCCUUACCUCGAGGAGCAUCUGUACGCCGACGUGGACGAGAGUGCAGCUAGACGGCGCGCACAGUCGGUAACCAUCGAGCCUCUCUAUCACACAGUGGGCGUUCCUGGCGCAACGACGGACGUUUAUUCCUCACCUUGGGACUCAAGGUCAGAGCUGAAGUUCAAGGACAACGAUGGUUUUAAGAAAGAUGACGACAGCGACGACCUUUCUGGCAUGUAUGUGACGUCAGAACAGGUUAGGAGAAAUAAAAAGAAUGGAAUGGCGGGCGAUGAUGGCGGCACGUCUGAUGAAUAUGUAUCCGUCAGUGAAAUACGGAAGAAGAAGGAAAAAAAGGUUACCUUCAAUAAGAAUCUCGAGGAAUAUGACAGGCUGAACUAUAGGAGAAAGACAAGCGUUGACGACAUCCCCUCUGGAUACUCUCACCUGGGGAUAUGUAUUAAUGAUCAGUUAGACGAGGAGCUUGAUACGUCAUUAAAGGAUCCUCCGACGGUUGAGAAGGAUCAGGAGAAUACCGAAAAGAACACAGAGGAUCUGGUGGAAAAGGAGACGAGUUUUAUUGAAGAAGUGGAGAAGAAAGACACGCUAACUGUGGAAGGAAAUGACGACGACGGGGACAGCACCCAAGCCAGAGCCAGUGACGACGACUCAGGGUUGUCGACUGACGAGGAGAAAGAAGGGGAGACAACUCUGUCAGUUCCAGUUACCACUGCUAGAGAUCGCCCGCCCUCGCCCUCACUGUAUGCUCUUGCUAAGUCUUUUAGCACAGAAUGAAUCCUAUUUAACUCGAGAACUUAAUCAAAUGAUCAUUUUCAACGGUUGGUCCAUUCGCAUAAUAAUGCGCAACAAGUCAGUAUUUAGGACAUUGAUUCGUAGAAUUGGGUUUUAGUUGUGUCAUCAUUUGGAAAGACGAGAACACGUUUCUUGACACUUAAAUGAAAGAAAAACCCACCAUAAAAGGACGCAAUGAUCUCAGGCUGUUAUUUUCUUAUGAAUGCACGCGUUUGGUCACAUACUGUAAUACACAUGCGUUUUCACUUUACAAACUGUUGCCCAUUAACUUCAUAAAUAUGUUUAUUAGUCAUAUGCACGACAAGAUUAGAGCCGAAUGUCGACAGAUUUUAUAAUCGUAUUGUUUUCUAUGGUAUUUCAUAAGUUUCUAAUGAAAGUGAUGAAUACAAGGAGAAGGAGACACAAUCUUGCUUGCCCCUAUGUGUAACUACACUGCCGGACAAAAGAAAGUAUACACUCGUGGAAAACAGUCUAGAAACGCUUUGAUAACGUUUGUAAUUAUUUAGUCAUAUCUAAUUAUCAUGGGUAUACUUUCUUUUCCCCGGCAGUUUAUGACUGCACAGGUUUAAUCUUUUACCAAACUUGUGUUGGAGAUGGAUUGUAUUUCUAUAAAUGCUCAAUGGAUUUAACCAUCAUGGCUUUUUUGUUACACGUUAUUGUACAAAGUUGUUUCUGGGUGGUUCAGUAAACACUCACAGAUAUUUAGAAGCCAUUGUGAUGUCAAAACGUCAGCUAAAACAAUGGCUUCGUGUUCUUGGCCUCAAUGAGGCAGUGGAUCACCUUACAAUAUAUAUAUAUAUAUAUAUAUAUAUAUAUAUUUACGAUUUGGGAGGUAACCUAUUCACACUGUGCUUAUAAUCAUUAGAAAAACAAACAGGUUUGCUAUAGUUAUAUUUUCAGCAGAUCGUGAGGGAGAAAUGACAUACGCAUAUUGAGGCAUGAUUAAUAUAUAAAAAAUAUAUAUAGUUCACGGACCCGCCUGUCUCUCGUGUUCAUCCGAGAAUUUACUUUUUAGCUACUUUAAUGAAUUUAUUUCUUUCAGCAUCAAACUUUAUUUUACUGUUGUGUUUAUGUCUGCACGUAUAAGGUAUAUGUCAUAUAUUUUCAUUAUUUUUUAGUAAUAAUGUAUCUAUAUGUAAAUAUAUAUCAUGUAAAGCA